CCGGAGUUAAAAAGCUAUAAAGUUCAUAAACCGACUCUGGACAAGAAUGAAAUAACACCGUCGCCCGCACAUUUGAGGCCUAGGUUUCCGCCCAUUUAGCGUUUCUUCUGAUUUUUCCGGCUGACUCGUCAACUGUGGGAAAUAAAAUGGAGGAAGAGGAUGAUUAUGUUGAAUAUGUCCCAGUGGCGAAGCGUAGAGCGAUGGAAGCUCAAAAAAUACUUCAGCGUAAGGGGAAAUCCUCGGAAUUGGAGGAAGAGCUUGAGAAAUCUAAACUUGCUGAAGUCAAGCCUAGCCUGCUUGUUAAAGCAUCCCAGCUUAAGCGUGAUCAACCCGAAAUCAGUCCCACGGAGCAGGCUGUGCAACAAGAGAAGGAGAUGAUUGAGCACUUGUCUGAUAGGAAAACGCUGAUGUCAGUUCGGGAAUUGGCCAAGGGAAUAACAUACACAGACCCUUUAUUGACAGGAUGGAAGCCGCCUUUGUUUAUUCGAAGAAUGUCAAAGAAGGCAUGUGAUUUAAUUCGAAAACAGUGGCAUAUUAUUGUUGAUGGCGAACAUAUUCCUCCACCGAUAAAGAAUUUCAAGGACAUGAGGUUUCCUGAGCCAAUUUUGAAGAAGUUGAAAGCAAAGGGGAUUGUGCAACCGACUCCAAUUCAGGUGCAGGGUCUUCCAGUUGUCUUGUCUGGUAGGGACAUGAUUGGGAUUGCUUUUACAGGUUCAGGCAAGACAUUGGUAUUUGUAUUGCCAAUGAUCAUGGUAGCACUGCAGGAGGAGAUGAUGAUGCCAAUUGUUCCAGGAGAAGGGCCGUUUUGUCUAAUUGUAUGCCCAUCCAGAGAGCUCGCAAGGCAGACAUAUGAGGUGGUAGAACAGUUUUUGAUGCCAAUGCAGGAGGCCGGCUAUCCAGAGUUGAGGGCAUUGCUUUGUAUUGGAGGAGUGGAUAUGCGGUCACAGCUGGAGAUUGUUAAGAGGGGUGUACACAUCGUUGUUGCAACUCCUGGGAGGUUGAAGGACAUGUUGGCAAAGAAGAAAAUGAAUCUGGAUAACUGUAGAUAUUUAACAUUGGACGAGGCAGAUAGGCUGGUGGAUCUGGGGUUUGAAGAUGAUAUAAGGGAAGUGUUUGACCACUUUAAAGCUCAAAGGCAAACCCUUUUAUUCUCCGCCACUAUGCCUACAAAAAUUCAGAACUUUGCCAAAAGUGCUCUGGUGAAGCCGGUUACUGUCAAUGUGGGAAGAGCUGGAGCAGCAAAUCUUGAUGUGAUUCAGGAAGUUGAGUAUGUGAAACAAGAGGCAAAGAUUGUAUACCUACUUGAAUGCCUACAGAAAACUCCACCUCCUGUUUUAAUAUUUUGUGAGAACAAGGCUGAUGUGGACGACAUUCAUGAAUAUCUCCUGGUGAAGGGAGUUGAGGCAGUGGCCGUUCAUGGAGGGAAAGAUCAGGAAGACAGAGAGUAUGCAAUUACAGCUUUUAAAUCAGGCAAGAAAGAUGUCUUGGUUGCAACUGAUGUUGCCUCAAAAGGGUUAGAUUUUCCUGAUAUUCAACAUGUCAUUAAUUAUGACAUGCCUGGAGAAAUAGAGAACUACGUUCACAGAAUUGGGCGAACUGGUAGAUGUGGUAAGACCGGAAUUGCAACAACAUUUAUAAACAAGAAUCAAAGUGAGACAACACUUCUUGAUCUUAAGCACCUAUUGCAAGAAGCAAAACAGAGGAUUCCUCCUGUAUUAGCUGAGCUAAAUGAUCCGAUGGAGGAUGUAGAAGCAAUUACAAAUGCAAGUGGCGUUAAGGGCUGUGCAUAUUGCGGUGGGCUUGGUCAUCGUAUCCGCGAUUGCCCCAAGUUAGAGCAUCAGAAAAGCAUGGCAAUUGCCAGCUCUCGAAGAGAUUAUUUUGGUUCUGGAGGUUAUCGAGGAGAAAUCUGAUAUACACUUUCCCUUUUAUCCAUGUCUUUCUACUUUGUAGCAAAUCUGUUAUUUGAGUCUUCUUGUACGUUCUGGUUUAAGUAGUUGAUAAAGAAGGAAGUUUUUUUUCAUUUUCA